AUGGAAGAACCAACGGAUAUGGAAAGUUCAGAAGAUGUGGAUCCAACAGAAUAUAUGCGAUUAAAAGAAGAAUAUGAAGACAAAUACGAGGAUUUUAUGCGUAAACAUUUACGUCGAGUAUGGCCUUUAUGUGCAGUACGUUUACUUGGCGUUUUUCAAUUAUUAGUUACAUUGGUUAUACUUGGUAUUGAUUUACCAAUUAUUCUUAUGUUUGGACCACGAUGGCAACUUUUUGCUGGAUGUUGGGCAUCUAUACUUGGAUUUAUUGCUUGUGUUAGCACAAUUCAUUCAUCUCGAAAAAUGACUUGGUCAAAACUUAAAUGGACUGCAGGAUUUAAUAUAGUAGCUGGAAUAGCUAUGGCUCUCAUGGCAGCAUUUGAUAUACUUUAUUUGAUGAAUUCAAAAAUUUGUCUUGUUAUUAGUGGUUGUCAUUAUUUAUGGUAUACAUAUUCGGCAGUUCGAUCAUUUUAUACAGGUCAAGUUGUUAUGGGUGUUUUAUAUCUUUUAUCAGUUUUCAUUUUUCUUGUUCUUUUUAUUAAAUAUGGUAUUGGUGGUACAACACUUUUUGAAAAUAUUCAAAGAGGAUGGGCACCACCUAUUUUUGAUCCUGUAGUACCACCUAAUAGUACUACGCCAAUGCCACAAAAUCCAAUGGCAAGAUCUGAAAUGAUGAUGCCUCCACCACCACCUGGUUAUAUCUCAAUGCCACCACAAUCAGUGCCAGGAGCUAGAAUGAUGAUGCCUCCAUCACAACAACCAAUGCCAGGAGCUAGAAUGAUGAUGCCUCCACCACAACAACCAAUGCCAGGAGCUAGAAUGAUGAUGAGACCACCACUACCACCUGGUUCUAUGCCACCAUAUCAAGUACAAGUACCCGGAGCAAUGAUGCCUAGACCUCGUGGACCAAUGAUGAUGCCUGGUGGAAGACCUCUCAUGCAAGGAUAUUACGGACCACCAGUUUAUAUUGAAAUGAGUGAAAAUCCUACUAAUCCUACACGUCAAUUAAUUACUGAAUGGAUCCAUCAAGAAAAAUACAAUCAUAAAGAAGAAACACAACGUAAAUUUUAUGCUAAUUUGGCUCAUGCAAAAGGUGUUUUAAAAGUAGCUGCAGCUGAUUCGAAAGUCAACGAAGAAACAAGAAAAUGGGUAUCAGGAUAUUUAGCAGCUAUGGGUGUAACAGAUGAAAUAUUAGAUUUAGCUGAUAAAUACAAACCCAAUAUCGAAGAUGGUACUGUUCCAUAUCAUUCAAAAAGUGGUCUUGAACAUGCUAAAUAUGGUCAAUUAUGGAUUUUUUAUGAUGCUUUUUGUGCUGCAUCAGCUGGUGGAGAAUUAACAGCAGACAAAAUUACAGCUAUUUAUGCAUUAGCUAAAAAAAUGCUUAUUGAUGAAGAAAAAAUUAAAGAAGUUCAACAAUUAUUUGAACGUGAAAUAGAAUUACGUAAGAAACGUUUAGAAAUUUUAUUUCCUAAUGGUAUCUAUACGGCUAUUAAAGAAGUUGAAAUGGAACAAUGA